AUGACUAUUACGAUUAUACUAAUAGGAGCUUUAAUUAGCCUUGUCUUUUACUAUUUGUGGACAUUAAAAUCAAAUUAUGAUUAUUUUAAGCGAAGAAAUAUUCCUGGUCCACCACCUAAACUCUUCUUUGGCCAUUAUUUAAGUAUAUGGAGUACACUCUCUUUUAAUCGUCAAAUUCCAGAAUGGACUCGUAAAUAUGGUUCUCUCUAUGGAAUUUUUCAAGGAACACGUCCCAUAUAUGUUGCAUCAGACGUUGAUUUCUUACAGGAAGUAUUUAUCAAACAAUUUUCACUGUUUCAUUCACGUCCUAUGAACUUUCUUGUUCGAAUGCUGAAAAGUAAUGCACCUGGUUUAGCUUCUGCACAUGGAAAUCAAUGGCGACGUCAACGUCAUGUCAUUAAUCCAACAUUUACGACAGUCAAAUUGAAAAUGAUGACACCACUUAUGAAUAAAUGUAUUAGAUCAUUGAUGAACAAAAUCGAUGAAAAAAUUGAUAAUGAAUUCAAUAUUUUUACAUUAUACAAACGAUUGACUAUGGACGUUAUGUGUUAG